CGUUCACAAGGACUCAAGCAGCGGCUGAAUGAAACCUCGAAGUGGUGUGUGUUUGUUUGUUUGUUUGUUUUCCUGAUAACGACAUAUCGAGAAGCUGGGGUUGGGUGGGGGGAGUGUUCAGGUAAAAGUACCCGCGCAGGUCAUCGCACGGAUACGCAGCGCGAACAUGCUCACCCGCGUCAAAUCCGCGGUGGCCCACUUCAUGGGAGGUGCCGUGGCCCCCAGCAGUGACCGCUUCAGCAGCGCGGACCUGCCGCUGAAAUGGCCGUACAUGCGCCCGGACUUCCUCGGGCUGUCAACGGACGAGAUCGAGUGCUCUGCGGACCACGUUGCGCGACCGAUUCUUAUCCUCAAAGAGACGAGGAGACUACCGUGGGCGACGGGCUACGCAGAGGUGAUCAAUGCAGGGAAGAGUGCUCUGAACGAGGACCAGGCCUGCUGUGAAGUGCUCACGGUGAAGAGGCGGCCAGGAGCGUCCUCCACGCCCAGCAAGGCGACGGCCAAGAGGAGGUCCUCUCUGCCUAACGGAGAGGGCCUGGCCCGCAGGGAGAGUUCUCAGGAGUCUGCAGGGCUGGUCUUCCACUAUUGGGCACUGUUCGACGGGCACGCAGGCUCGGGCGCCGCCCUUGUGGCCUCCAAGCUGCUGCAGCGGCAUGUCGUGUCGCAGCUGCAGGAGGUGGUGGACGUGGUGUGCAACACGACCUUGUUGCCCCCCACCCUGCUGGGAGUGGAGAGCGAGCAGCGUGGCACGCCUGCUGCACACCGCGCCCUGACCCGGGCCGCGUCGCUGCGCGGGGCCUCCGGCGCGCCCGGCUCCCCCGCGCCCCGUUUCUUUGCCGAGAAGAGGGUCCCGCACGAGAGCCUGGUGGUGGGCGCGCUGGAGAACGCCUUCAAGGAGAUGGAUGCCCAGAUCGAGCGGGAAAAGUCCAGGUAUAAUGUCUCCGGCGGAUGCACUGCACUGGUCGCCACGUUCAUUCUGGGCAAGUUGUACGUGGCCAAUGCAGGUGACAGCAGAGCCAUCAUAAUCCGGAAUGCAGAGAUCAUCCCCAUGUCUACAGAGUUCACCCCUGACUCAGAGAGACAAAGGCUGCAGUUCUUGGGUUAUAUGCAGCCCCAUUUGCUUGGGGGAGAGUUCACACAUCUGGAGUUCCCCAGGAGGAUCCAGAGGAAGGAAGUAGGCAGGAGGAUGCUAUACCGGGAUUUCACCAUGACUGGCUGGGCAUAUAAAACCAUUGAGGACGAGGACCUCCGGUUCCCCUUAAUAUACGGAGAAGGGAAGAAGGCUCGGGUAAUGGCCACAAUAGGAGUGACUCGUGGACUCGGCGACCAUGACCUCAAAGUCCAUGACUCCAAUAUCUCCAUUAAGCCAUUUCUCUCCUGCUGUCCAGAGGUGAGAGUGUAUAAUUUGACCCAGUAUGAGCAUGGGGCGGAUGACGUGUUGGUGAUGGCCACGGAUGGCCUGUGGGAUGUUCUCUCUAAUGAGGAAGUGGCGGAGUCGGUUACAUCUUUCCUCGCCAACUGUGACCCAGAUGACCUGCAUAGGUACACCAUGGCAGCCCAGGAUCUAGUGAUGCGUGCCAGGGGUGUGCUUCGGGACCGCGGCUGGCGCAUAACCAACGAUCGGCUCGGCUCUGGUGAUGAUAUUUCCGUCUAUAUUAUCCCCCUUAUGUAUGGUAACCGACAAGCAUAGAGAAGCACGAUUACCCUCUCUCACUCACUCACACACACUCCCACAACCAAAAUCGAGUGUAGAGCAGUGGGAAAUUAAUUGAGUUUUUUUGUUUUGUUUUGUUUUUUAAACAGUUCUCCACACCCUGUAGUGUUCAUGAGAGAAACCAUGUUACCUGUCCCUUUCCAUAUUGCCACUGUGUGGCCAUGUGGGGUUUUAUAUCAGUUUCUAGUACAACCCAAACAGUAAAGUACAGUACUUUUUCCAAAUAAAGACAAGUGUUCUUUGUAGCCCAGUAUAUAAGUAAGCAUUAAUGACAGGCUUUCUGUCUCUUCUAAAAGACAGUGUCUUCUGUGCGGCUUCGUUGUUGGGUUUUCACGUCAUGCAGGAAGUAAGGAAAUGUGAGCAAAGUGCAAUGAAUCAUUACUGCUUUCAGUUCAUUGUUGGUUCCCUUUUCGUUCCAUGCCCCAAAUUGGUCACUACAUUUUAGUAUAUUGCUUGUAUAAACAGAAUUCUAAUGUUUUAUUAAUUGAAUAUUGUAGAAAUGGAUCAAAGGCUUAAGCUGUAUUGCAGUAUGUUGCGUGUGCACAUACAAAUUUAAGAUAUUUUGGCUCAUGUUUUAGUAAUCUUGAUUUGCUUGGCAUAAUGACACUUUAAAACUAAAUUAUUUGUUGCUUGUCAUCCAAUCUCUUUGAGAGUUUUUCUUUCCUUAUUUUGUUCAAUCAUAACCGAAAAAUGUGUCGGUAUGAGUUCAAUGGAUAUACUCCACUACCAAAAGUGAAGGCACUCAGUGUCAUUCUGUGCAUGCUGUAGUGUUUACAUUGCCAAAUACCCAUUUACAUUUUGCUAAAUAAUUGUUUGAAUUUUCAGUAGCACUAAUUUAUAUAUUUGCAAUAUACAGUUUAUAUAUUAAAAAUCUUAUGUAUAUUUGUAAAUAGUGUAUGUAGUUUAGUUUAUGUAACUUAUAUAUGUUUACCUCCAGCAUAUAUGUCUGUUAUUUGCAGUAAAUGUAUUGUUAGGUUUGUGUCUAGGUGUUAUAGUGCUGGGAAUCUGCUUCUUCACUGAUCCAUAAACCCCCUCUGUCAGAUUAGAUAAUGAUCCGAAACCCAGUGCUGAGAGACUGCGUUAGCUGAAACCAAACCAUUACCCAACAUGCAUGCAGACCUAAAUGCUCAAACCUGCAUGACCGUAGAUCAUCUCACCAUAUGCAGUGCCCUUAUGGGGUGAUUAGUGGAGCAGUACUGUAAGUACUCUAAGAGGAUGUUGUUUAAUGUACGUACGCAAAUCCAUGGUACUGUUUUAUAUAGGAAAAGAAGUUAAGGUUCCCAUGGAAACUGAUUAAUUGCUUUUCGUUUUACUUCAUUAUGGGAUGAAUUUAGCAGGCUGGAAUGUUACUGCAGGUUCAUGGCUAUCGUGUCCUUGCUGUAAGUGUAUGUGAAUUUUAUGUUUUUCUUUUCCAUAGAGAGGAAAGAGUGUCACAUUUUGAGUGGAUAGAUAAGAUUUUUAGGUAUGUUAAAUACCUUCAGAACUGUGCCAUACUAAACCAAACAUGCAAAAAUAAAAAAAAACUUCUAACCUGAUAAACAUGAGAAAUUGAGCUCAGGGCUUUUAAAGUAUUGCAACUAUGAAGGUUUAAAUAUAAAUACAACAAUUCAAAUAGUUUCAUUACUUUUAAAUGACCUUUGUUGAAUUAAAAGGUUUAUCCUCCUCAGUGCAUUCCUUUUCUACUGUAUAGUCUUUGUGGAAAGAUGGGGAAUAUCAGUAAGUGUAACAUACACCAGUCAGCCACAACGUUAAAACCACUGACGAGUGAAGUGAAUAACAUUUGAAUAUCUCAUUGCAAUGGCAUAUGUCAAGGGAUGGGAUGUAUUAGGCAGCAAAUGGAAAGUCAGUUCUUGAUGUGUUGGAAGCAGGAAAAAUAUGCAGUUGUAAGGACCAGAGUGACUUUGACAAGGGACAAAUUGUGAGCGCUAAACAACACUAUAAAACAGCAUGUCUUGUGUUCCUGGUAUAUAAGGGUUAGUGCCUACCAAAAGUAGUCCAAUGAAUGAGUAAACUGGCAACAGGGUCACAAGCAUUCACGGAUACACAUGGGGAGUGAAGGCUAGCCCGUCUGGUUUGAUCCCACAGAAGAGCCACUGUAGCUCACGUAGCUGAAGCAGCUAAUGCUGGCUGUGAUGGAAAGAUGUCAGAACACAGAGUGCUGUAUAUGGGGCUGCAUAGCUACAGACCAGUGAGAGUACCCUAUUCAUCACCUAAAGUGCCUAUAAUAGGCUUGUGAGCAUCAGAACUGGAUCAUGGGUAAUGGAAGAAGGUGGCCUGGUCUGAUGACAUUUUCUUUUACAUUAUGUGAAUGUCUGGGUGCACGUGCGUUGUUGACUUGGGAGGAGGUGGCACCAGGAUGUACUAUGGGAAGAAGGCCAGCUGGUGCAGGCAGUGUGAUGCUAUGGGUAAGGUACUGUUGGGAAACCUAGGAUCUUGGCAUUCAUGCUGAGGUUACUUUGAAGCAUACAACCUAGCUAAACAUUGUUGCAGACCAUGUACACCCCUUCAUGGCAACGGUAUUCCAGAAGGCCAGUAGCCUUUCAGCAGGAUAAUGCGUCCUGUCACACUGCAAAAAACGGUCAGGAAUAGUUUGAGGAACAUAACAGAGAUCAAGGCCUCCAAAUUCAGCAGAUCUCAGUCCGAUCGAGCAUCGGUGGGAUGUGCUAGAAAAACAAGUCCAUUCCAUGAAGGCCACCCUCAAACCACACAGGACUUAAAGAAUCUACUCUACUACUAAGCUCUUUGUGCCAGACACCACAUACCUUAAGAGGUAUGAGGAGUCCACGCCUCGAUGGGUCAGAGCUGUUUGAGUGGCAAGAUGAGCAUAAGCUACACAAUACUUAGGCUGUUGGUUUUAAUGUUAUGGCUGAUUGAUGUGUGUAUAUAUAGGUUUCAAUAAAUCUGGAUAGACUCCUUGCUUCCUGUGUUUCGUUUUGUUUUCUCUCCCUCCAUCCUUUACUGUAAUCACACCUAAUUUCAGUUUUACAGAUAAGAUGGUGGAUAUUUAUGUACUGUAUCAGAUGAGACUGUAUAUUAGCAGUUAUGCUUUUGGAAUAAAAUGGUACACUUGA